AUUUUUUUAAACCAAUUUUUAUUUCUGCCCUCUCAAGCUUGUGCACAGAGAGCUUUCUCAAUCUUCAAUGGCUUUUCAUAGCUCUCUCCAAAUUUUGUUCAGGCUUUGUGAUUUUCCUCCAUUUUCUCUCUUGUCCAAUAUACAAUCGGCGACGAAAAGCACUGUCUGAUUCAGAGGAUUUCAAUGGGUUUGGUUGUUGUAGAUGAUCACCAACGUUGUUGUUUAUAGCAUAUAUAGCAUAGCUAGGCUCGGAUAAUUAUUUUGGAUAUGGUAACAGCAACAGAAACACAAACAGGGGCACCUGGGUCGAGGAGGCUUUUGCAGCUUCAUGAGGUUCAAACCGGGGAUCUUCUUCUUCUUCUUCUUCUUCUCUCUAAUGGUGUUGUCGUACCCAUCGUUAUUCAAGCUGAUAUUGAUUGCUCUCAAGGCAAGAGGGGCACUGAGAAAGUUCCUGUUUGUAACUUCCAAGAGGAAAGGAACCUUCAAAGCGCCAAGGGAAAUUAAAGGAAUCAAAAGACAAUGGGGACAGAAAGGGAGCAUUGCUGCUCGGAUGUUGUAGGCCAGACUCGUAGCAAUUCUGGGAAAAGAAGGAUGACGUGGACAGAAGCCAGCUGCACUUAAGUAAUCACCUCAGCGCCUAUGUGGCACCCAUUUUAAUGAAUGAAGUCAGCUAGCUGAGGUGGCAAGAAGAAAUGGACCAAAGAUGGAUUGGGCUUUCUAAUUAGGGUAAGGGAAAGUACCCAAAGAAGGGGGCAGCCGUAAUACACCAAAAAAGAGUAGAGGACACAGUACAGAAAAAUCUUUUUUCAGCAAGAAGAGUACAGUGAAAAAAAUAGAGAGAUAUAUGUAGAAAAAGGCAUUACCUACAGGAGGAGAAUCACGGCCAAGGAAGGAGGAGGACUCUAGAGUCCGAUUCUACUCUUCUCUUUCUUCUAUAUUUCCUUUUCUGUAGUGUAUACUCUUGAUUCUAUAAUUUGUGAACUGAAUAUUUGCUAUGGAUGAACAAUUUCUGUUUUGGAUUGUAAUUUUCAGUUUAGACAUGAACUAAUCACCUUGAGAUUUGGGUGGCUAUGAACCUUAUGUGAUGAAGUAUUAAUGCAAUGCAUGAG